AUGAGGGGUUGUAGGCGUUCUGCCUUGUGUGCCGUCCUACCAGCGGAAUAUAUAAGGGCCCAGUUAGAUGUUACGGGCCACCAGUUAGCAAGACAUCAGACGCAUGCCGUACAUGGACUUAUCGUGCGUACCCGCUUGGCAAUUAUUCCUCCUAGCGAGUGGCUGGCAAAUAUGAUGGGCCGUUCCGUGGCAUUUUCCAACUGCGGAAUUUACGUUAGUGGGUGCGGCAGUGAAACGCCUCAAUGCCAAUUUGGGUAUCAAGACUUCAAUGUUCUCUGUCAGCAACCAGCUCUGCUACCAGCGUCUGGGCAAGUUGCAACAUCCUAUCCAAAGAAGUGCUUCCGAGGAUGGUGGCAACGCGGGCGGGAUAGCUGUAUGUAA